CACAGUGCAAGCAUUUCUACACUAAGUCAUGUACUUGCGCGCCACAGAAUAAGAAUGAAGCAAAUUUACAGAGUUCCUUUCGAGAGAAACACAGAACGUGUAAAGCAACUGCGAUAUGACUAUGUGCAGAGAGUGAUGGAACUAGAAGCAGAUGCAAUGGGACAUGAGCUACUUUUUGUGGAUGAGGCCGGUUUUAACCUCAGUAAAACCAGGAGACGUGGCAGGAACAUUAUUGGACACCGUGCCAUCAUCAAUGUCCCAGGACAACGUGGUGGUAACAUAACCAUGUGUGCAGCUAUAAGCCAAAAUGGUGUUGUUCACCAUCAUGCAACCAUAGGCCCAUACAACACUGCACACAUUAUUGCAUUCCUGGACACCUUGCAUGACAUGCUCACUGUUCAGAGACCAGAGCAGACCCGAUAUGUCAUCAUAUGGGACAAUGUUAGUUUCCAUAGGGCUGCUUUGGUCCGCAACUGGUUUACAGACCACCCAUCCUUCAUGGCACUCAACCUCCCUCCAUACUCUCCAUUCUUAAAUCCCAUCGAGGAGUUCUUCUCUGCCUGGCGCUGGAAAGUGUACGACCAUCAUCCUCAUCAACAGGUAGCCCUUUUACAGGCAAUGGAGGAGGCAUGUGGAGAUAUUGACCAGGCAUCAUGUCAGACCUGGAUACAGCAUUCAAGGAGAUAUUUUCCCCGGCGCCUUGGACUGGAGGAUAUCGCAUGCGAUGUGGACGAAAUUUUGUGGCCGGACCCAGAAAGACGACAUGAUGUAGGCUGAUUGUCUUUUUUUUCCCUUUUUUUUUUUGUGAAAUUCCUAUUUUGUGU